AUAGUUUUACUCCGAUCGAUAUUUUUUUGUGUGAGUGUGGAAAUAGUAUUUUCAAGUAAUUCAUUCAAUAUGUGUAGUGGGAUGCGAGGUGAGCUCGGACGUGACGUUGCUGGACUACGUCCGCGACAAGAUCGGGCUGAAGGGCACCAAGUACAUGUGUCGCGAGGCUGGCUGCGGCGCGUGCGUGCUCAGCGUGCGGCGCGGUGACACACCGUCCUACGGAGUAAACUCGGUAAGAAUAAUUCCGUUCCCUGAUUGACAGUCUAAUUCUGCAAUCAUGGUAAUAAAACUAGCCUGCUCUCUGCUCUGGUAUUGGUGGAUUUUUUUAACUAUAGCUUACCAACCCAAACGUGUUUUUAUUGCGCUUACGUACCUUUUCAUAUAUAAUAAUGUAAAUAAAGCCCAAAACAGUUUCUCUUCUUUAAUACGUAAAUUUAUUAAAAAAAAAUAUCGUUUCGCUAUACAUUAUAGAAAGUAAUGAAAUUUUUAUAUAAUUUUUAAGUGCAUGAUGCCCGUGACAUCAUGCCAUGGCUUGGAGAUCACCACUAUUGAAGGGUUGGGAAACAGAAAGAAAGGCUACCACCCGCUGCAGAAGACCCUGGCAGAAGACCACGGUUCGCAGUGUGGGUACUGCUCACCUGGUUUGGUCAUGUCUAUGUUCAGUCUCGUCAAAACAAACCCAAAUAUCACAAUGCUAGAGAUUGAGAAAUCACUCGGCAGUAACGUCUGUCGCUGCACCGGAUUCAGACCGAUCCUAGAAGCCUUCAGAAAGUUUGCCAAAGAUGCUCCGAAACAAAUAACUCUUCCUGACAUUGAAGAUCUUCACAUCUGCAAGAAGACUGGCAAAGAGUGUGAUAAGAGUAACUGUGAGGAGAGUGAGUGGUGCUUUGUGGAUAAAGAAGAGUGUGAUAAGAGUAACUGUGAGGAGAGUGAGUGGUGCUUUGUGGAUAAAGAAGAUAUUAUUGAAAUUAAAUUGAAAGAUGGCAGACUUUGGGGCCGAGUACAAGAAGUAAGAGACAUCUUCAAGAUUUUGGACAGAGAAGGCGAUAGUUCCUAUAUGCUUAUUCAUGGUAAUACGGGAAAAGGUUAGUAAACUUACAGAUUCCAAUAUCGCAUAUUUUGCGCAACUAUGUUAUGAGUAUUUAAAAAAUAAAAAAUCCAAUUUCAAUGCCUUAACAUUUUCAGGUGUCUUUCCAAUUGAUGAGUAUCCACGCCUUCUUAUUGAUAUAAGUGGAGUCCAAGAACUGAAAGGCUACG